UGAGUGCAGGUGCUGUUGGUUGGUUGGAGAGCAUUUGGGUUUCUAGGCUGGUGAGCCACUGCGCUUGGAUCUUUGUGAGUUGUUGAAUCUGAACACAGUUUGAAGCUGUAGGCUGGUUGGAAAGCAACUGGCGUCAAUGAUGCAGAGUGAUUUUAGUCAGACUUCGGGAACUUGGAAUUCUGAAAUAUUUACGUCUAGCCAUGCCACGGAGGACCUAAUGCAGCAGCAGGAUCUGAAGGCCUGCUAUUUGAUUGAGGAGAACUUCAACACGAACUAUAAGAUGCUGAACACUCUGGGCAAAGGGAACUUCUCAGUGGUGAAACGAGCCUUCCAUGUCCCCACAUGCACCACUGUGGCUGUAAAAAUUCUGCAAAACAACAAGUAUACCUCAGUCACCUCCAGGGAAGCCAGGAUUAUGAAAUCCCUUAGCCAUCCUAACAUCAUCAAGCUGUAUCAUGUGGUCGAGACAAGAGAGACCACCUACCUGGUGAUGGAGUAUGCCUCAGAGGGAGAGCUGCAAGACCGCGUCAUCCAAGCGGGGUCUUUAGAGGAUAGCGAGGCUCGAAAGAUAUUUGUCCAGAUAGUACAUGCUGUGCAGUACUGCCACGACCAUCACAUUGCCCAUAGAGACAUAAAGGCCAGCAACAUUUUGAUCAACCGCAAGGGGAACAUCAAGCUGAGUGAUUUUGGCCUGGCUGCUAAAGUGGUUCCUGGGCAGAAGCUGGCCGGUUUCUGUGGCACACUGCCCUACUGUGCCCCAGAACUCUUGCAAGCAGAGAAAUAUGAGGGUCUCCCCGUGGAUAUCUGGAGUUUAGGGGUCCUCCUCUUCUUCAUGGUGUCAGGGAGCCUGCCUUUCCGAGGCAAUUCUUUUGUGGAGAUAAAGUGGCAGAUCAUCUCUGCAAACUUCAGCGUUCCUCCUCACGUUUCCAUUGAUAUUUUCAACGUCAUCGUUGAAAUGUUGAUGAUCAAUCCCAGCAGGAGGCCCACUAUCCACCAAAUCAAGACGCGUCCCAUGAUCAGGGACAGUGAGGCAUGUUUACCACCUAAUUCCACACAGGUUUUCCCAGACACUCGGAGCCCUAGCACUGUCAGGAGCAUGAGAGCUGUCACAGAUAAGCCUGACAGGAAUAUAUCCUCCUGCAGUCUCCAGGAGGAGUUUAAGAGUAUAUCCCUCACAGACUCCUCCUCUGGGGAUACCUUGGAGAAAGAGACUGUAAAGGAAUACACCGUAAAAUAA